GGGAUCCAAGACAUACAGCCCUCACUCGGUGAGGAGCCCCCACCUUUGUGAGAGCUCCCCCGCCCUUCUCUCCCCUAAAGUUCCGAGACCUGGCGAGCAGUUUUUGUUUUUUCUCUCUUCCUUUCCCUCAGCAAGCUGAAUACUAAAAAUAUCAUACCUGCAGUACAAAUAUAUAAACAUUUUGUGCAUUUUAAAACACUUUUUUACAAAUAUAUAAACAUUGGGUAAACCUGUGACAUAAUUUAGCCAGAAUUCGUUUCGGGGGACAAGGGACCAUGGUUCUGCGAACUUCACAUGGGAUAAGGACACUCUGUGGCCACAAAAAGAAAAAGGUAGGAGAUUUCCUAAAAUUUGGUUGAGAGUUCUUUUCCCUGUGAGGUGGUGCGGACUACUGCUCUCUGUCCUCUUCGAAUCAGUUGGUUGUGUCAGACCGCCUCACGCUGCUACAUGCGUGAGACUAUGUGAGAAGCUAUAGGCUGGGUGCAGGAAAGCACUGGCCAGUAGCAUGGGGAGACAGCUGGGCCUGGGUUGUGAUGUGUUUUUUAGGCUGAAUGCCUGGUGAUAAAAGGUUCUGGGUAAUUUUUGGGAUAACAAGGGGAGUGGCAGGCACGAGUGUGUCUGUCCGUUGUUGAACUGUGAGUUUGGGCAAUUUUUUGUUUUAUGAGCUCUGACAGAUACAGAUUGGCUUGAUGAGCAGGAGAUAGAAAAAGAGGUCAAUAAGGAUAGGCCGAAAAGCCUAUUCAGGGAUCCCAAUUGAACAAGCACGUCCCAUAUCUCCUGACCAAGUGCAGAAAAAUCACACAAAUUGGAAAAAUUGAAGAAAUCAAAACAAGAAUUAAAAUAGAAGACUGCUGACUGACUCCAGUGACUGACUUUGACUUCAAACACGUGUGAAAGGGUAUACCAUUGUGUGAUGAAAAAGUGAAGUGUGUGGGUUGAUUGGAUGGUUGUGUGUGUCUGUUUUGUUCUGUGUCAACUAAGUUCUCUGGCAGUGUUCACAGUCAGACUCUGCACCUGUGUGUGUGUUAUGCUAGUCAAAGAUUGCUGUGUUUUCCUCAAUUGUGUUUAGUUCAUAGUUGUUUAUGUAAAUACUGUGCUCAUUGCGGUCAUGUUAUCAGUUGAGACAUAGAAGGUUAAAUACUCCUGGGAAAGAGGUUCUGUUCCUAGUACCAUGAUGAACACUCCUGAUAUGAAGGUUUUAGCUUAUGCUUAAAUAUUAUGAUGGGUUUUUGUUGUGAACACGUCUUAUGCUACUUAACAAAUUUUCUGUGUUAAAGCUGCUGAAAAAAUGUUUGUGAAAGUAUAAAAGAUACAAAAAGGAAAAAAAGAAAUGAGGUACCACAAGUGCAAAACUUCUAAAAAACUUCAAAUCUAAGAGUUGCUUCUAUACAUCUGCUGUUUUUGCCAAAAUACUGUGUUUUUAAAAUAUUAUUGAAGCUGUUAAUAUCAAUACUGACUAUUGCUAUAGAACUGCAGUUGAGGCAAAAGCUUUAUACUGUGUAUUUUUGGGGAAUUUUACAAAACUGCUGAUCAAGUUUUAAUGUGUGUGCUCAUUUGAAUAAUAAAUUUUACAAAAAGCAUGACCAGAAAGGGAAGAUUAGAUACACAUUGGUAGGGUGUAAAUAUACUGAACACUUAAAUGAUAUCCAAAAACUUACAAAGAAAUGGGAACAUUGAGACAAGGGGUUUGAAUUUUUAUGACCUAGGGGAGGCACAUCUGAUGUGGCUGUGUGUGAGGAUUUGGAGCAGCGAAUCUAAGACCAUAAACAUAAAGAAAAGUAAAACACGCAAAAACAAGAGAUAUGGAACUAAAAGUACCGGACGUGUUCAACUCAGCACUUAGAUUUUUGUCAUUUUUAUACUUUAGAAUCCAAUUUUAGAUUUUAAGUCAUACUGGGACCUUUUUGAACCUGAUUUCAACUUUCUUCUUGUGUAUUUGCUCGUUAAAAGCAUUACUUUUCUCUUUUUAAAUCAUGCGCUGAUCUUUUGAACUAAUAAAUAAGAAUAGAAGUAAAACUAAAAAUUUUUCUAGCCUAGGUUGCCUUUAAACUUAUUAUUUAUUUAUUGUUAUUAUUAUUUUAUCUCUUUUGAAUGUCCAAAUGAUUUAAGAUCAGUGCUAUUUUUUUUUUUUCCCAUAUGUUUUGAAAAGGAAAUUGACAGUUUUAGUGAAAUUUUGAUCCUGUUUGACCCUGAGGUUAGCCCUAAAUCCAGAUUAUGGCCCUUGCUGUGGUUGAGUUUGACACCCCUGGCCUAGAUUAUGUUCGCUUGGAAAUGCACUGAUAGUAUGUUUUCAAUCUUAAUAAAUGGCACACAGGCUAGCUAUGUGCUGUGGAAAACCACACACCUUGUUGGGCUGGUUGCCAGACUACCACAAACUGAACAGGGGGCAGGGAGAUGGAUACGAGUUUUUGAGGAUGAACUGUAGGAAAAUGUUGACUACACCAGACAUGAAAGCACGCUUGGCUAAGCUGCUGGGAACUAAGACGAUGGAGGAGUUUCUGCACAAGGAAAAAGGUUGGAUGACGAAUCCCAUGACUGAUGGGAGUGAGUUCAAUGCAUAUUGUGAUGUGAGGUGGAGCGGAAGUUGAAACAGCCACCUCUAAGGAAGACACGGCAAAAGAGACGAUGCAGCGAUGCAGACCGUGCAGACGCUAACUGCGGUAAAACCUGUGACAGUAACCUGUUUAAUCACCUGUUGUGAAUGUUUAUCCUCAGACAGAACCCUGCUCCAUAGAGAGGAUAUAUCCCGGCAGGGGAAGAGAGUGGAAUUCUGACGGACGUGUGACGUCUAAAGACCUGCUGGGGAUGGGAUCAUACCAGACAUUUUUGACAACUGCCCAGACCAGGGACGUCUCUGGCUGGAUCGGUGGUGGGGGGCCCCAGCCCAGACAAUGUGAAAGUGGUGGCUUACUACAGUGUGAUUUUUGUGGAUGAUGGAAAAAGUUAAUUGGUGGUUUUAAUUUUAACCCUGUUGACCUUAUAGACCGAAAGGAUCUAUGUAGAAGUAACAUUCAAAGUUGGUGCUCACCGCAAGGUGUGUAAGUAGACAGUUAUGGUUUAUAGUUUUAAGUAAAUAUCGUGAUGUUAGCAUUGUAACAUCCCUGUUCUGUUAGUUUAAUACUGAUAAAUCUAAAUGCAGCUGUGCUGAAUCCACAUACACUCCUCACAGAUGUGCCACCUAAUGUAAAAGUAAUAGGAAGCUAUCAAAGGUCAAUAAGGCCACUGAAAAUGGUUUAGAGUCAAAUAACUAAGCUUUGUACCAAUAGUAUUAACAAGCAAACUUAGGAUCUGACUUUCACAGUGAUUCACGCUGUGAAAGGGGGGAGAUGAUGAGACAAUUAAAACGACAUUUUUAGAAUAUGCUGACAAUAGGUGAUAAACUUUUGGGUCAUUGUGAUAUGCGUUUUGUUAGAUGAAUUGAAGAGAACAAUAAAACGGAAGUGGGACACUUUUCCAGUUCCAGAGAGACGUUUUUAGAAAUCUAUUCAUAGGUAAUGUGGACAUGAUUAAAACUGCCAAGGGAGAUGUUACAUGUUUGUAAGGAUGACGGGUUCAGUCGAUGGAUGGAAGCAACACCAUCAAAAGAUCUUGGAGUCAAAAUAAAUCUGUCACUGCAUGAUUUGGUACAUCAUUCUGGGGAAGAAAGUUAAUCUCUCAAGUAAAUAUCAGAUCAGAGAAUUUGCACUAACACUAACCUAUAGGAAGAUGCUUUGCUACUUGCGCUUAUGAGCUUUCACAAUCAAAAGCACUGAGAUAAAUCUUCCACUGCAUGAUUGACUAACUUACAAAGCUAUGCUUUACUGCGGCUAAAUAAUUAAGGUUUUCGCUUGAGCAGCUGGAAAUUAGUGAAGUAAAUAUAUGAGGCAUCUAACUUCGAUGCAAAGAUCUAUCGAUUAGCAGGAGGAGAGCCAAAAUCUGAUCCCUGUCAAGAGGUGGAGGCCAGUCAAGCCAGAGCACCAGGUGUACAUCACCGUCCUUUGAGGAGGGUGGCAAAAAGAACGAGGAGAAGACCUGGACACUUUGGUCCUGGUGAACUCUACUUCAGUGCAGGAAGUGGCACGAACCACGACGGGAAGGACCGUACAUGGUGGUGCGAGCUACUCCCACAGCAGUCCAGGUCGAAGGGAGCGGGACGUGGUAUCACCUGUCACGCUGCACGAAGGUUCCAGGCAAAACCAAGGGCGGUAUUGAGUUGAAAAACAAAGAUGAAAAACAUGACAUUGUGGUGUGUGCUGGUGGUAAUGAACUCUCUUCCAUGGAUGCCUGUAGAAGCAGUGGAGCUAGAGACUCAAAGGGGAAAACAGAGCACCCCGGGGACCAGAGCCACGCCAGAGACCAACCCGCACGACAGAGGAGACAGAGCAUCUGAAUCAGAUGAGUAUGAUGCAACCAUACAGACACCAAUCCAUGACGUGCUAAACUCUGAGCCAGCACUCUCAGCUGAGCUCAAACACAUAAACAUUCCAUACCAAAACAUAACUGUUAACUGUAAAAUUACGUGGGUAUUGUCAUGGUUUCCUGAAGCUAAUAUGAGCGAACCGUUCUUAACCAGACCUGUUUGGUUUGAAAAUCCAGAGCAAACAUUAGAUCAAACAUGUGAAAACAUAACUAUGACCAGACCGAGUAUGCAUUUCUUUCGCAAGUCAAACUGUUGCAGUAGCUGGCAGUUACUGGAUGUGUGGAGACAACAUUGCGCGUAACACACUUCCACCAAAAUGGAUUGGGCUCUGUACAUUAGUGCGAAUGAAAGUGUCAGUUGUCGUGUUGCAUGACGGCGUCGAGGAGAUCCUUAAAAUCCAGGAAGAAACAGCCAAAUUGAACCGCCAUAAAAGGCAGAUUGACGAAAAGGUGUACAUCAAUAGUAUAGGAGUGCCAAUAGGAAUUCCAGAGGAGUUUAAAGCUCAGGAUGAGAUUAGAGCAGGUCUAGAGUCGAUUCUCCCUUGGAUCACCACUAAUAAAAAUGUCCAAUGGAUAAAUUAAAUUUAUUACAACCAACAGAGGUUUGUUAAUGCGACAUCUGAAAUCCUGAGCGCUCUCGGUGUUCAAUUACAUGCAGCAAGAGUGUCACAUGUUCGGGAAAUAUUGUUGUACCUUUAUUCCAAAUAACAUAGCCCCUGAUGGUAUAUUUCCUGUAGCAAUGGGGAAGCUUACAGAACUCAGAGUUGAGCUCAGGGAGAGUGCGGGCAAGGGGGGACUGUCAUGGGAUUGGUUAGACCAAAUUUUAGGAAAAUGGGGAGCCGUUUGGGCUAAGAUAGGACUCAGUGCACUAGCAGUCCUAAUUUUAAUUUCCUUUUUGAUAUGUUGCAUCAUCCCCAUCCUGAGGAGGCAGUGUCUGCGGGCUCUGGAAAGACAGAUGACUGUGGUGGCUGGUCUCCAAAGAGCUCAAAUGUUGGACUUGCUGACGCCGUCCCAAAUGGCACAACUCUGCUUGGACGACAGCAGGGCAGGAAAUGGGGACUAUACGGACUUAUACCCAAACCCUACCAGUGUGGGUGACUCUGAUGAGGACGAACAGAGUCAAGUGUAGGGUAAACAAGAAGCAGAGGUGCAGCAGCAGCAAGCAAGCAAAAGGAAAAGCAAAUGGGACGGCGGAGCAAAUGGACUAGCAUAUCAAUACACAUACAUUCUGUUGUUAUCCAUGUGUGUUCUGCAUACUCACAUCAUUUACGCAUACUCAUUCCAGGUAAAUGGAAACGGGUAAAGGAAAUGGUUAAUCAUUUGUUGAGCAAAAUAAAACAUGUGGUUGAUUGUCAUGUAGAGUGGGUCAGUGAAAAGCUGUUAAGAUUUAGAAGGUUCACGGUAAAGGUCGCCAGCGGGAGGGGCCGCAGGGGAAUUUCCUGCUCAAAGCAGCCAGCAGGUUUUCGCCCCUGCCAGAUGUGAACCGAGGGAUCUAAGUGUUGUAUUUGUGAAAAUGUAACAUUCGUGAUCACAAGCAUGAGUUGGAUUGGUUUGAAAACAUACAUAUGCAUCUGUAAUCAAUCAAUUAGUACCAUAUCACAUAACGUUGUCAUAACUCAUUCAUGUAACGUAACUAAGGCUAAGACAAGAUAAGUGUGAAUCUCCAACGGCGUCAGUGAACUUGGUUAAUCUUGAAAAGAUUCAAAGGGGGGAUAUGUGGGGGAAAAUAACAGAUAUGUUUGGAUGUUUUGGGGGUUACCAUGAAGCAAGAAAACAGGAUAUGGGUGGAGUGGUCAGAUUGGCAUAAACUUCAUAUCAGGUCAUGGUGACCCUCUCCCAUGGUAGCUUAAUUGCAAUAACAGGAAAUCUGGCGCCAAAAGAUAAUGGCAGAGAAAGUCACGAAGGGGACUUUCGCACGCACAUCUGGCCAAAACUAAGGUCCCUGACGUCAAUGGAGGACUAUAAAAGAUAUGUGGAUGGGCUGUUUUUGGUUCUGUCUGUUCGAUUGCUCAUGUGCUAUUGUUCGAUGCUGUGAUUGGAAUAAAAACCCCGCCGAGAGGCUGCCAGCUUGAUUCUGUCUUCGUGUAGUUCAUUUCUGCACUUUUGCACCGAGGUCAUCUUCU